AUGGAGUUCGCUUCACUCGUAACUCGACGGCCCGAGCACCCCGAUGUGCUGACGAUCCCGACUCCGCCGCACCAGCAGACCGCCGUCUUCAUCACAUUCUUCUUUCCUGCGCUUUCUAUAGUAGCAUUCGCGGCUCGGACAUACAGCAGACUGACAACUAGACAAUGGGGUCUCGGUAUGUUGUUUACGAGGCCGGGAGCCCAAGUUCGUGACUUAAAACUCAUGUACUUCGGAUACCGAGCCGUUGAUGUUCCUGAAACUUUCGACCCGGCCCCCGCAAUGUGGUGGUUCUUCAUGGCCCAGAUGUUUUACAACCCCGUGUUGGCUUUCGUCAGAGCAUCGAUCCUGGUGUUCCUCCUCCGUCUCGGGGGGCAAAAGCCCGGUGUUCGGUGGGCGAUCCACGGUUUAAACACCGUCAAUGCCGCCAUGGCUAUUGCCAUCUUCCUGGUGGCCCUCCUCCAAUGCUUGCCGAUCGAGGCCAACUGGGACCCAGUCGUCAAGGCGUCGGCACGAUGCGUUGAUAACUCCUUCCACGUCUCAAUCUCUUGCCUCAAUGUCCUGAUGGAUGUUCUAGUUCUUUUACUCCCGUUCUGGAUCUUCCUGGGUCUCAAGAUGCCUGUUGGUGCAAAGAUUGCCGUCAUUUGCGUCUUCCUAGUCGGCGUAGUUGUCACCGUUGUCGCGAUCAUUCGCCUGGUAGCCAUCUACAGACUCUUCUACGUCCCUCCCGACCCGAACAAAGACCCCUUCCACGACAUCGGUGUCGUCUAUAACACCGUCGAAGUCAACCUCGCCAUCAUCUCUUCCUCAGCCCCUGCCCUUCGUCCGAUGUUUCGUAAAUGGUGGCCGAAGCUUUUCGGUGCCAUCGGCUCCGGAAAGACAGGCAGCAGCGAACUCAAGUACUAUGGCAACUCUUCUCGGCCUCGCACGACGCUCCGCGAGGCCGACAACAUCACGCUCAAGGACAUGCGGAUGACCCGGUCGCAGCAUCACACCGAGAUCCGUAGCAGUUCCCCAUCCGGGUCGGAGGAGGAGAUCAUGACGUACAACGGUAUCAUUCGUACAACCAACGUCAACUUGACCUACGAGUCGAAUACCAGCGUUGGGGACGAUGCUCGAUCCUCAACCGAUUUCAAGACCGGAGAGAAGCCUCAGACCAAAGGGCAGGUGAUCUGA